AUGAGUUCACAGCCCACAUCCGACCUGGAAUGAUGUCACUCCCGCAGUAUAAACAGUAAAUUUUUCUAUUGAUAUGGGGUGUUUUAGCAAUGAGAGAACUUUAGUCAGCCCCUGUGUCAAGUACACACUCUUUUUCUUCAAUUUUGCUUGUUGGUUAUUUGGUGGAGUUAUUAUAGGCAUCGGUGUAUGGGCAUUUAUUGAGAAGAACAAAUAUUAUCAGAAAGACAUUUCUACUGUGUAUGAUGUGAUAUUUGACAUCUCAAUCAUCUUCCUUAUCAUCGGAAUCAUCAUCUUCAUUUUGGGCUAUGCAGGAUGUAUAGGGGCACUCAGGGAAAACAUCUGCCUUCUUAAAGUUUAUUAUUAUUCUAUGAUCCUCAUUUUCCUGGUCUUAGUAGUGGGCAUCGUUUUAGCGUUUGUCUUCAGGGACAUUGUCAAAGAGGAAGUGACCAAGAUUUUGCAGGAUAAUCUAAUCACCACAUACCAAGAUGACCCUGAUAAACAGAGCACUAUUGAUUGGAUACAAGAGAAUAUUGAAUGCUGUGGUGUAACCAGUUACAAAGACUGGACUAAGAAUGAAUAUUACAACUGUACAACAGACAACCCGAGUCCUCUGGCCUGUUCUGUACCAUACUCAUGUUGUAGAAUACAGGACUCAAUAUCAAGUGGUCUUCCAAACAUUCUUUGUGGAAAAGAAGUCCUAAAAGCAGGUGGGGAUUUGUCUCUGAUUUACACAAUAGGCUGUGUGGACAUGUUUCUUAACUUAGCAGAGACUCAGCUCCCUAUUGUAGGGGGCAUUGUCAUAGGAAUUGCUGUACCCCUGCUGGUUGCUAUUUGCCUGUCAAGGUUGUUAGAAGGUCAAAUUCUGGACCAGAGAAGCCAAUGGAGAUGAAGUGAAGAGGUUGCCCAUUCCAAUGAGAGUACAGGCAGGCCAACAGAACCAGGAAACAAUGGAAAAUAUCAUAGUCCUCAUCAUGCAUAAUGAUACAUGUACACACAUCUUAUCCAUCCAUAACCAUCAGCUUUGCUGGCAGUGUAGAUUCAGAGUCAUGUAUUAAUAGAAGUCUUUAUAAUGCAUGCACAAUUAUAUACAGAAUGUUAUAAGGAACCUAAAUAUGGAUCCUAGAUUAAGGAGCUUUUUAUUUGUUUUUCUAUUUAUGCUGGACAUGUUCAUACUCAAUUUCAGU